UAAGUGUAAUAAGUGUAUGGAUUAUAACUCGAAGCGAUAUAUAUAUAUAUAUAUAUAUUUUUUUUUUUAGAUUUCUCCACCAUUAAAAGUGUGAUACUUUAUUUUAUUCCUAUAUUGUUAUUUUCCUUUAUUAAAUAAUCCAUAUGGCUCGUUUCCCAAGCAUGGACGACAAGUGUGCUGUUUUACAAUUAUCACGUAUGAAUCUGGAAGACUUGAACUUGGAUCAUCUCACGGAAAGUAAAAGAAAUCAAAUCCAGCAGCUGCAUCUCACUUACAAUCGUUUAUUACUUCUUCCACCUUCCGUUUGUUUUCUAUCCAACCUGGAAUAUCUGGAUAUGAGCAAUAAUGCGCUCACGGUCAUACCAGAUGACUUUAUGCGACUAACAAAACUAAAGACGUUUGUAGCAAAGAACAAUCUUCUGAAUGAGUCAUCGUUCCCUAAGGAGUUUGGAAGCAUGCAGGUAGAAACUCUGAAUAUGAGUGGAAACAGGUUUGAGGAUAUUCCCACGCAGUUUCUAAAAAUGACCACACUACAGUCCCUGUCACUUGGAGGAAACAGAUUGAAGAACAUCCCUUCAGAAAUAGAGAACCUGACCAGUCUAGAGAUGCUGUAUUUGGGAGGGAACCUCAUCUCCUCCAUCCCACCUGAGUUGGCUAACCUCACCAGUCUGAGAUACCUGGUUCUGUGUGACAAUCGCAUCCAAAGCAUACCACCCCAGCUCAACAAACUACACUCCCUGCUCUCUCUCAGUCUCCACAACAACCUGCUGACCUUCCUUCCUCGUGAGAUCCUCAGCCUCAUCCAUUUGCAGGAGCUCAGUCUCCGUGGAAAUCCUCUUGUUGUGCGCUUCAUCAAGGACAUGACCUACGACCCUCCAUCCCUGAUGGAGCUAGCAGGGCGCACGAUCAAGUCCCAGAACCUUCCGUUCCGCUCGUGUGACCUACCAUCCAAUCUGAUCCAUUAUUUAAACCUGGCUAGCGAAUGUCCAAAUCCAAAGUGUGCAGGUGUUUACUUCGACUCAUGUGUGAGGCACAUCAAGUUUGUGGAUUUCUGUGGGAAGUACCGCCUGCCGCUCAUGCAUUACCUCUGUUCCCCGCAGUGUUCCUCUCCCUGCAGCUCAAACCCACAGAGCGACGCAGAGUCAGGAGAGGAGGAGAACAGCGUCCCCGCAGACAGACUCCAAAGGGUACUGCUGGGAUAGGACAAACCUCCAACAGGGACAGAUACCUGUCACAGGACUUACAUUAAAUGAUUAAUUUCAUGUUUUGUAGACCUAUACAAAAACACUCAGUUUAGUGACUCAACAAAAAAGCACUCACUAUUUAGUAGUUAAACAGUGAUUAAAAGAGGAAGGUUUGAACUGUAAAUCAAAGUUAUUAGGUUUCUGUCAUAUUAUUUGGUUGACUUCAGAAGACUUUUGAUAAUGUAUAUAAUCAAAUGGAUGACUUUUACAGUUCUUUUAUGAUGGUUUUUAUGGAGAAUUAACUGUUUAUGUUCCAUGGAGACCAAAAGAAAACUUUACAUGAGGGUAAGGAAUGAAAAUUGUGAACUGUUCCUUCUUAGAACAUUGCUCAUAAUGCAUCUGAAAACGUUUGCAUCUUGCCUAAAACAGUAUUUCAAGUGGGUCAGCUUGACAUAGACAAAACCUACUGCUAAAUAGAGAACAAAUGGACUGCUUUGCACUUCUGGAAAAUGUGAUCAAUACGUGAACAGUUACUCUUUGACCUUUUCUUUGUAUUGACUGUUAAUCUUCCCUAACUCUUCUGUCCAAAGGUCAGGUUAUGGACUAUGAUGGCUACUUCACACAGUUCGAGAAUGUAUGUAAAGCUAUCGUCCAUGACAACCUUAAAAUAGUUACAUGCUAAAGAACACUUUUUUUUUUUUUUUUUUGUAUUUUGUCUUAUUGUCAGAAGUUUGGCUAUAGCGACAAGGUUUCAGAUCAGUAUUAAGCAGUAGUGUUUACUGUCUCUAAAAGAGCUCAUAAUGGUACUAAUAACAAUAAAACAUAGAUACUAUACACCUUAAUGAUAA